UUGUCAAAUAUAAAAACUGAGGAAAUAAGUCGAAGGUAUAUUUGGGGAUAUUUUUGAAGCCCAGACGGUAUAUUUGGUCGAUAAGUCCAUGGUCACACUGGUUCUGCGACGCAAAGUAAACAAAUGUAUUUAAAAUGGAAAACGGGUUCAUAAAAAGGCGCUCGCUGACUCUCAGCGCCCGGCUGCUGCACAAACGCCACAGCGCCUCGCCGCAAAACUGCGGGCGCCCUGUCGGCGGAAACGAUGCGACAACAGAUGCACCUGGCUCUCCAUCGUCUAUUGUGGGCCCAGUAGACGAUGUGGAGUGCACGCCCCCCAACAAGAAGUCGCUGAGUCUGGACGAUAGCGUGGACUUUUCGCCGCGCAUGGACAUCAGCCUGUCGCCCAACUGCCUCUUCUCGCAGACGCUGGCCACCGAGAGUCCGGAGGUCGGCUGGCGUUGGAACCGCAACAGCAACAGCAACGCCAGCGUGAACUUGAACCCCAACAAGAUAAACACCACAACAGACAGUGGCUUCGAUUCCGCAGAGCUGGCUGCUGGCAAACUAAAGGAUCGCCGCCGGCAGCUGACGAUGAAGGGCUGCGAGGAUCGACGAAAUCAGCAGGACAACGACCUGUGGCGCGCAAAGCAAAUACGCGCAAGAGAGCUGCUCAAGGAGCGAUGCGACAAGCUGCACCGACAGCUGGACCAAGUGGCAGUGUCUGAGACGCCCAAGCCUGUGCCAGCGAUGGUUCCCCCAGUGGCGGCGCGCACACGAUCUGCCAGCAAGAGACCUACUCCAGAGCCAGCUGCACCUGUGGCAGACCCAGCAUUCGCAGACUUUCUCAAUGACUCGGAGACGGACAUGUUCCUGUUGGAGGCCUCGCAGCAGUUGGAGUCGAAGAUGGUGACCCAAGGGACCGGAUCGACAGCGACAGCGGCAACAACCACAACCACACCCACCAGUCAUCACAAGACGAAGCGGCCCUCGUUCUAUAUGAAGUUUCUGGAGGAUGAGAGUGAGAGCGAGGAUUGGCUGACGGCCCUCGAGGAGGCUGUCGAUCAGGCGACCAUGCCCAAGAAGCCGCGCACCUCGCUGCAGCGCUACAAAUCGAUGCCCACAACUGGAGACAUAUCGGUCGGUAAUGGUAGUUGUGACAACGGAUCUAGCAAAGGAUCUGCCGCAGGGGCCAGCACUUCGUCGGCAUUGUCCAGCAUGGCGGAGACGCCACGCAUCAAGCGACAUGCCAGCUCGCACGCGCUGUCCCCAGCCACGUCGCAUGCGUUCCCUGCAGCGCGCGGCAAACUUUUCGGCAGCCGGAAAUGAAACUCAAUUCGGCUACUGCCACCGAAUCAGCGCUCCACAGGCGCACAACCCACAAGCCUUGCCUUCCCCCUCCCCUUCCACAGCGAGUACCAAUUGUGAUGAGAGCAAAUGUUAGGUUUUAAGUUUCGAUUCCCCAAACGGAUGACCAUUCUGCAGUACUGCGUGUAUACGAGUAAGAUAAUUGAAUUUGUGCAGCUCGGAAGUUGCUUUAUAAAUUUAACUUUAAGGCUAAUUAAGAGUUAAUUGUAAAUUAAAGCGUUACGCGGCCAUUCGCCCAUCGAGAGUCGUAAUGAUUACGCGGCUGUUCCGGUUACAACAGCGCAUGCGACCGGCCAUAUGCUCGGCAUUAUCGGGUGGCAGAAGCUGCGCUGUCGGGCGUUGCGCCGCCCACCUGGUCAGGUGGCUGUAAC